AUGCUCAAUAAAGAUAAUAGGAAAAUUCACAACGCACAUAUGAGUAGAUAUGUAGUAUAUAGGAAAAGAGAAAUAAAUGAUAAUUUUUUUAGCAAAUCCUAUAAUCUAUUUUUUUCAAAUAAGAAAUAUGAAUAUUCCAAAGAUGAAAAAGAAAAAAAUAUAUAUCCUUUAUCAUUAAAACUUUUUAUGUUAACAAUUUUUAUAUGUAUAUUGCAAUUUUCUAAUAAUAAUGGUUAUAUCGGAAAGCAUAUUAAUAAAAAUUUUGGAAAUGAUAAUGAGCAUUAUUUUAAUAUAAGAUAUAAUAGAUCGUUAGCAGAAAUGAAAAAAAGAAUAAAUGCUAUAAGAGAUAUGAUAAAUAAUGAUUCCUUAGGUACGGUUUUUAAAAAUGAAUUACCUUUACCUGAAAAUAUAACUAAAGGAGAUUCUGAAAAAGGUGAUGGUGAUUUACUGAAUGGUUCAGAAUAUGAUGUAAAUUCUUCAAAUGAUGAUAAUAAUACGAAAAGUGAUGGAAGCGAUAAACGAAAAUCGAAAGGAAUAAAUAAAGUUAAAAAAUUAUUGGGAUUAUCAAAAAGUUGUGGGGAUAAAUCAGGUAAAUUGAAUUUACAAUUACAAAAAGCUUUUGAUAUAUUAGAAAUAAUUAUUGAACAAACUUCAAGAGCAUUACCUUUUAUUUUACCUUUCAUUCCUCCAUUUAUGGUUUAUAAAUAUGGAUAUGCAAAAACGUAUGUAAUGUUAUAUACAUUUAAUUUGAUUCACGCUAUGUUUAAAUGGGCUAUUUUAUUGAGAAAUAUGUUAAUGAGAAAUAAACAAAGAAAUGAAGCACUUAAGGAACAAGAUAACAAUUUAAAUAUACAAAACCCAUAA